ACUGCCUGAUGGUCCUCGUGAAAUAAACACAUUGGGGUCCUUGUUUGCGAUAUGCUAGUCGUUGUAGUAGGAUUCAGACGUGUAUGUUUUAGACAUGUUUUAGCAGUAAUUAUCAAACGUUGACCUUAAUACGUACGUCGAUUAGAGUGUUUAGGGAAUGUUGUUAAACUAACGGUUUGGUGAUUGACGCCGUCGUUGCUUCAGUGGUUUUAUUUUUUCUACGCCGAGGGCUUAGCAGAGUUAGCUAAGCAAGUAAGCUAGUCCCCAAACCAUCGCACAGUUUUUGACUAAACACAUACGCUAGUAAAAAUAAAAUAAGAGGGAGGUGUUGAUGAGCAGUAAUGUCUGGCAUUGCUCUUAGCAGACUCUCACAGGAGCGCAAAGCAUGGAGAAAAGACCACCCGUUUGGUUUUGUUGCUGUGCCUACUAAGAAUCCUGAUGGCACCUUGAAUCUGAUGAAUUGGGAGUGUGCAAUUCCAGGCAAGAAAGGAACCUUAUGGGAAGGAGGACUUUAUAAACUCAGAAUGCUGUUCAAGGAUGACUAUCCUUCCUCACCACCCAAAUGCAAGUUUGAGCCACCGAUAUUCCACCCAAAUGUUUAUCCAUCAGGCACUGUGUGUCUGUCCAUCCUGGAGGAAGAUAAAGACUGGAGGCCUGCCAUUACCAUUAAACAGAUCCUUUUGGGUAUCCAAGAGCUGCUGAAUGAGCCCAAUAUUCAAGACCCAGCACAAGCAGAGGCUUACACAAUUUACUGUCAGAACAGGAUGGACUAUGAGAAACGGGUGAGGUCACAGGCCAAGAAGUUUGCCCCCACUUAGAGCGGAGAGCUGUCAUCAUCCCACCUGAGCCGCAACAGCUGCUUUAGGUAACAAACAGAAGGCAGGCAGCACCUGAAGGACCACUCCAACAAGAACCCAAUUUUUUCAGUGUUAUUGUGCUGUUACAGAGGUGUUAAGGUUAUAUAAAAAAAAAAGAUAUAAGAUCAUAAUUUUGCCUGCAUUCAAGAACUGUGUAUUUAUGCAUUUUUAAAAUGCAUAGCUGCAGAUUCUGCACUGGCAACGUGACACUUGCUAAUAACAACAACUCUUGUAUAAUCCAUAUGUCCAGUUCUUUCAUAAGUGCUGCUCUGCUCACUCAUGGCUCCAGUAAUACAGUAAGUUAUACUAUCGUAUUGACAGACCUGUAUAAAUAAGGUUUCAUUUCAAAGUCACUCUGUGGAUGUUAGGUCAGGACAUAAAAGAGACGCUUCUUAACCCUUUGCUUUUAAAAAAUAAAAUAAAACCAGACUUUGACAAGUAUUGUGUAUAGUUUUCAUGCGGAAAGGGAUGUAAGGCAGAUGCUCAACCACCAAAAAAAAAAAAAAUCCUUUGUCACAUAUUCAUAUAAAGGGGUCAUAUUUUGACAAACUGUUGUAAGUCACCAGAUGUCUUAAAAUAAGUUAGUUUGUAGUCACAAAUAAUCUACAAAGAAAAUAAAGCUGCUUUUUUUUUUUUAAUUGUGUCUGCUGAUUUAACUGAAAAGGAGCUGUUCGGGAACACAUCACUGAGUCAUUUCCUGCCUAAAUUUCACCCAUAAAAUGGUCAUUUCUACAUUCAUACACUUUAAUUUACUGAUGUUUAUUGUGAAAGCCCAAGCACAUUUAACUGUAAUGGCAAGGUUAAAAAGUGUCUUUGCACAAUAUGACCCCUUUAAUACAAUCAGUAUGUCAUCUCCUUCAUGUAAUGUGGAAAAUGAUCAAACACUGAGUUCAUAUUAAUUAGAUGGUGAAAAAAGAUGGAUUGAUAAAAGCUUUUAGUAACUUGACUGUGUUAAGAAAAAAAGAAUCCUCUUAACUUUCACUUGUAAAUUGAGCAGAAUCACAGUAAGAAAGUGAAAUUGACUGUCACGAGAAAUGUGCUGUGUGGCUGUUGAGCAUAAAGGAAAACAGCACUUGCCGAUAAUUCAUGAGGGGGCGGAGUUAACGCUUUUGCAAAAGCAUCAUAUUAGUUCAGACAUAAGUUCAGACAUUAUGUACUUUGACUUUUGACAUUUUAUCCCAGAAUGCUUGUAAAAUUGAAAUUCACCUGUGUGCAUAAAUCAGUCCUUCCAUUGGUCAACAAAAUGAGCUGAGAGAUCCUCAUUGGAAUGGCCUCUCAACCAGCAAGAAACACAGGUGAAAGUGUAUUAUUAUUAUUAUUAUUAUUAUUAUUUUUUGGCCUCUGAAGCAUGUACAUAAUAUAAAUACUGAAGAUUGUGGAAGUUAUGUUUUUAUAUUGUUUUAGCAAGUUGACGUUUGUGUGUGGUGUUAUAGAACACAAUAAAUGGUAUCAAAUUGUGAAAUAAAGUUGAAGAGUAGAGCUAA